AUGGACAAGGUUCAAAGUUCUUUCAUCUUUUUAGUUUUGUUUUUAACGGAAUGCCCAUUUCAUUUAUGCUUGCCUUAUGCAGCACUGAUUCCGCGUAGACCUGCUCUUGUCCAGGUCAUUGUGAUCGCCGGGGUUGCCCUCAGCAUCGCCCUGAUCUGCGGGGUCGUUGUCUUCUAUGUGGUGUAUAGACUUGUACAGGCUGAGGAAAGACAACAACUUGCGUUGCUUUAUAAAAAUGUCAGGAUACCAUUAUUAGGAGAGGAAGAGGAAGUCUCCGAGGAUGAGGGCCAGGACGAGUCCACUUACCUACUUCCAGAGAAUGAGAAGGAGCUGGAAAAGUUCAUUCAUUCAGUUAUUAGAUCAAAAAGAAGACAACAACUCGAAAAGAAGAGCUUGAAGAAGGAGCACAAUUUUGUCGAGCAAAUGAAAAUAGAGCAUGCUGUGUCUGCUGCAGAGAUGGGGACUGAGGGUGCCCACCAGCCGGGCGCGGGGUCAGCUGGCCGGUGA